UGUCACCCACGAUAUGUUGUUUUUGAGGUUAUCCAGCACUUGGAAUGGUACAUUGUUUACACAGACUUUAAAUUGUAUUUGUGAAAAUAAAAGUAGUUUGUACUGAAAAUGGUGGCUUUAAAUGCAUUUGAAGAUCUUAUAGCAGGGUUACAAGAGACAGACAGGCUUAGUUUACCGGGAUUCAAACCUAGUCCGUUGAAGGUUUGCUAUAGCAGUGAUAACAGUACAGAAACCUCGUACGACGGGUCAGGGCCUCCUUUGCCAUUUGCCAGCAGCAAGAUAUUCGAAGCCGAUAUCUUAACGUGGAGACGACUAACUGCUACAAACGGAGACUGUAAAGCUGUUUAUGAAGUGACCCUUGAUGUCGAAGGGAGCGAAUUCACAUUCAAAGCUGGUGAUACAAUAGGUAUAAUACCUCAGAAUGAUGACUCAGACGUUGAUUUCAUUGUGAGUCAUCUGAAUUUAACCUCCAAUGCAGAUAUGCCUUACUCCAUCACUGUGGAUACUAGCACAAAGGGAAAUAAGCUUCCGAUACACAUUCCUGUCAAGUCUACCAUUAGACAUGUAUUGAAAUACUGUGUGGAAUUAAGGAGUCUUUUGAAGAAGGCUUUCCUUUUAUCUUUAUCUAGGUACACAAAGGAUGACAAAGAAAGAAAGAUACUUGAAUAUUUAUGCAGUAAGGAAGGAGCUGCAGCAUAUUCUACCCAUGUUCUAAAUAAAAGUCUAUGCAUACUAGACAUAUUUAGCAUAUUCAAAACAUGUAAACCUCCAAUAGAAGUUCUACUAGGAAACUUACCCAGAUUACUUCCAAGACCUUAUUCAAUUGUUAACAGUGGUUUAGAAAAUAAUAAAGUUGUGAAAAUUUGCUUCUCUGUGAUGACUAACAACAAUCGAAAAGGACUCACAACUGGGUGGCUAGAAAAGCUAAUAUUGAAUGAAGAGUUCACACUAGAAAACGGAUUAAAGAAUAUGAGAAUUUCUGAAGAAUCUCAGAGUAAACAGAAAGUCUCAAUAUAUCUUAGGAAAAAUUUCAGUAUGUUUUGUUUACCAGAAAACUUGGAAAAUCCACUAAUUUUGAUUGGUCCUGGCACUGGAGUAUCACCAUUUAUUGGGUUCUUAGAAGAAAGAGAAUUGUUAAAAGAAAGCAAUAAAGAUGUAAAGUUUGGUGAUGUUUACUUAUAUUUUGGAUGUAGAAAUCCAAAAUUGGAUUUCAUUUAUGAGGAAGAAUUGAACAAUUUUUUAGCAAAAGGCACAUUGACUAAGCUUUUCACAGCUUUUUCCAGAGUUGAUUCUGAACAUAGGUACAUUCAGGAUGCUUUAAAGGAAAGCGGGAAGGAAGUUGUUAAACUCAUCAAGGAAGGUGCACAUGUUUACGUUUGUGGAGAUUUGAAUACCAUGGCUGUGGAAGUGAAAGAAACAUUAGUGAAAUGUUUAGUGGAACAUGGAGACAUGACCUUAGAAGAAGCUACAACAAAGAUAUCUCAUAUGCAGAAACAUUACCAAUAUGUAGUUGAUGCAUGGAGUUAAUAAUCAAUUUAGGUUAUUACUUAGAACAAUGGCAUAAUAUAUUUAUUUAUUUGUGUUGUACAAUGUAUGUUGCGAUUUUAUUCCAAGUUGAUUAAAUAUUUUUU